AAAUUUUAGUGCUUACAAUUAGGCCUUCACUAUAAGACAGCCCAUAAGCCCAACUUGGUGUACCCGUUAGAUCACGUACAUCUCGCUCGUGGAAACAAACUUGCACGGCCGAGAAAAUGGUUGGUAGGCCCAAACGCUCAUCAACAGCUCGAGAGCAAUCUCAUAAAGGAAAAAGUACACUGAAGGUCCCUCAACUUGUCAUCGAGUUACAAAAUGUCCCCCAACUACAAAACCAGAUAUCCGGCGUCCCUCAAGUAAUCAAAACCGAUCACAAUAGGUCCUUCGGUGGUUUUAGCCCCGGUUUUAUCCUACAUGGCGGCUGAGUCAGCGUGGGACCCACGUGGACCCCACAUGUAGGAUGCCACGUCAAUCUCUAUCCUUUACUCAUCUGUCUCUCUCUCGUCCUCUCCUCAUCUGAUGCCGCGAGGAGGGCGGCGCCGUGACGGCGGCAGGCGGCGGCGGUGGCAGCAUGGCGGCGGAGAAGCGGCGCGUGGGCGGCUGGGGAGCAGACGAGGGAAGAGGUGGUGCGCGUCCUCCUCAUUGAACCCGUCGUCGUCGUCUUCAGCAGCGUUGACAGCCGCGGCUGUGGGAAGCAGAUAGGGAAGUGGGAGCGGCGACGGCGGCGGGAGUGGAGCUCGGUGGAGGAGGCACGAUGAUGACGACGAAGGGAUUUGGGGCGCCGAAGCUGUUGAGAUCGGCGUCGGCGGCGGAUUGUCGCCGCUCCACCGGCAAUCGCCCCACUCCGGCUGCCGGCUCUGCCCGCCACUGCCGCGCUCCGUGCCGCCGACUUCGCGCGCCGCCGCUCCGCCUCGUCGUCACCCAACUCCACCCACCGCCGCUCCGCCUCGCGGUCGCCCACUCCACUCGCCGCCGAGCACGCGCGCCCGGGGAUGGAGGGGAGGAGGUGCCCCAUCGUCCUCGUUCUCCCCUCGCAGUGCUCCCGCCGCCGACGCCCUCUCCUUCUCCCGCCUCGCCGCUACUGCCGCCCCUGCGUCGCCGGCCGCCGACUCCUCCUCUCGGUGCGGCGGAAGGGAGAAUCCAACCUCGGCGCGGCGGCCUCCCCUUCAGUGUCGCAGCCUCCGCCGUCGCGGCGCCCGGGGAUGGAGAGGAGGGUCUCGACGCCGAGGUGCCCCAUCGUCCUCGCUCUCCCCAUGCAGUGCUCCCGCCGCCGAUGCCCUCUCCUUCUCCCGUCUCGCCACUACCGCCGCCCCUGCAUCGCCGGCCGCCGGCUCCUCCUGUCGGCGCGGCGGAAGGGAGAAUCCAACCUCGGCGCGGCGGCCUCCCCUCCAGCGUCGCAGCCUCAGCCGUCGCCGCCGCGGUGGCCUCCCCUCCGGCGUCGUAGCCUCCGCCGUCGCCGCCGUGUCGCCCACCGCCGCUUCCUCUCCCGCCUCGCCCCGGGCGACCUCUCCACGCCCGCCGGCCGGCUUGCUACUUGCAGAGGAGACAAGCGAGAGAGAGAGAAGGGAGGGAGAGGAAAAGGAAGAGAGAGGGUGCUGACGUGGCAUCCUUACAUGUGGGUCUCACGCUGAGUCAGCCGCCACGUCGGACAAAACCAGGCUCAAAACCGCCGAGGGACCUAGUUUGCACGGUUUUAUAAGUUGGGAGAUACGUUGUAUCUGGUUUUGUGGUUGGAGGACAAUUUUGUAAUUCGAUGACAAGUUGAGGGACCUUCGGUGUACUUUUUCCUCUCAUAAAUGUGUGGCCCAAUGAUAACUGUGGCGCGAAAAA